AUGGUUUUACCCAGAUUGUUUAAUGCUACUGCGCGUUCUGCGUUGCAAGCAGCCAGAUCGCAAAGAGCUAGCUUGGCUACUGCUGCUGCUACGAAGGCCCACGGUAAGGUUAGGUAUGUUGCUUCCUUUUUCAACCUUGGAUUCCUUGACGGGGUCAGCAUGUUGGAUCAAUUGAGUCACGAGCGGGGAUAGAGUCGAGGUCUGCGGGAGUUGAAUUGGCCAUUUGACGGCAGCCUUUUUUUUUUUAUGGGCAGUUUUAUCUUCUUACACAGUGGGAAUUGGAAACAUUCCUCCACCUAGAUUGAACUGAAACAAACCCUCCACCAAGUGCAUGGCUGCAUCUCCUCCUCCCCCCCUCCCUUUUUUUGAUUUCAACAGACAGACCACGGCGUUGGUAAAGAGUUUUUGGAGGCCUUCCGAACAAAAAAUUUUUGGGCCUCGGUACACGACCCCUAACCUGGCGAAAAAUUUUGGCAGAUUCUGGUUGGCCACCAAUCAAACUCCCAUCUACCAACCAACCGAAACACCAAGAGAGGAAUGGGUUACCCCCACAUUUCAAUACUAACGUACUUUGUUUUCUUUGUUUAUUUAUUCUAGAGCCGUUAUUGGUGCCGUUGUCGAUGUCCAAUUCCCAGAGGGCGACUUGCCAGCCAUCUUGAAUGCCUUGACUUUGAAGAACGGAGACUCCGACUUGGUUUUGGAAGUUGCCCAACACUUGGGGGAAAACACCGUUAGAGCCAUUGCUAUGGACGGUACUGAAGGUUUGGUGAGAGGUACCGAUGUCACCGACACUGGAGCCCCCAUUUCUGUCCCCGUUGGUAAAGGUACCUUGGGUAGAAUCAUCAAUGUUACCGGAGACCCAAUUGACGAAAGAGGCCCAAUUGAGUGUAAAAAGAGAAACCCCAUCCAUGCUGAACCACCUUCAUUUAUUGAGCAAUCGACUGCUGCCGAAGUUUUGGAGACUGGUAUCAAGGUUGUCGACUUGUUGGCCCCUUAUGCUAGAGGUGGUAAGAUUGGAUUGUUUGGUGGUGCCGGUGUCGGUAAGACCGUCUUUAUCCAAGAGUUGAUCAACAACAUUGCCAAGGCCCACGGUGGUUUUUCGGUUUUCACCGGUGUCGGUGAGAGAACCAGAGAAGGUAACGAUUUGUACCGUGAAAUGAAGGAGACUGGUGUCAUCAAUUUGGAAGGUGAAUCCAAAGUUGCCUUGGUUUUCGGACAAAUGAAUGAGCCACCAGGAGCUAGAGCUAGAGUUGCCUUGACCGGUUUGACCAUUGCCGAGUACUUUAGAGACGAAGAGGGUCAAGAUGUCUUGUUGUUCAUUGACAAUAUUUUCAGAUUCACUCAAGCUGGUUCCGAAGUGUCUGCUUUGUUGGGUCGUAUUCCAUCUGCCGUUGGUUACCAACCAACCUUGGCCACCGAUAUGGGUCUUUUGCAAGAACGUAUCACCACCACCAAGAAGGGUUCCGUCACCUCCGUGCAAGCCGUUUACGUGCCAGCUGAUGAUUUGACCGAUCCUGCCCCAGCCACAACUUUUGCCCACUUGGACGCCACCACUGUGUUGUCGAGAGGUAUCUCGGAGUUGGGUAUCUACCCAGCUGUCGAUCCAUUGGACUCCAAAUCGAGAUUGUUGGAUGCUUCAGUUGUCGGCCAAGAGCACUACGAUGUCGCUACUGGUGUCCAACAAACUUUGCAAGCCUACAAGUCCUUGCAAGAUAUCAUUGCUAUCUUGGGUAUGGAUGAAUUGUCUGAACAAGAUAAGUUGACUGUGGAGAGAGCUCGUAAGAUUCAAAGAUUCUUGUCGCAACCAUUUGCCGUUGCCGAAGUCUUUACCGGUAUCCCAGGUAAGUUGGUGAGAUUGGCCGACACUGUCAAGUCAUUCAAGGAGGUGUUGGAAGGUAAGUACGAUGCUUACCCAGAAAAUGCAUUUUACAUGAUUGGUGGACAAGAGGACAUUGUUGCCAAGGCCGAGAAGAUGGCUGCUGAAUCUAAAUAG